AUGCAUUCCCAUCUGCACACCCCCCACAAUGCCAACUGCGAGGAGAUCAUGACCGCCCUCGACGAAUGCCACGCCCGCGGCUUCCUGCACAAAGCCCUCGGCGGCUGCAACGACAUCAAGCGCGAGGUGAACAAGUGUCUCUCGCAGGAGCGGUAUGCGCGCGCCAAGCGCAACCGGGACCAGGCGCGCGAGAACCGCAAGCGCAUCGAGAAGAUCUGGGCGGACGAGAAGGCGUUUGAGAACGGAUGGAGCGGGUCGGCGCAGGGUGCGUCCGCGGAGAAGUAG